CCUACUUGUAUGAUCUUAAUUUGCAAACAUAACCUCUCCUCUUGCAGACUUGUCAAGAGACAAAGGAUCUCAGUGCUCUAACGAAAGCAGCUGAUUUUGUGAAAGCAUUUAUACUUGGGUUUCAAGUAGAGGAUGCUCUUGCUCUCAUCAGAUUAGAUGAUCUUUUUCUAGAAUCAUUUGAAGUCACAGAUGUCAAGCCUUUGAAAGGAGAUCAUCUGUCCAGAGCAGUAGGGAGAAUAGCAGGGAAAGGCGGAAAAACAAAAUUCACGAUAGAAAACGUCACCAGGACACGAAUUGUUCUUGCUGACACGAAAAUUCAUAUUUUAGGAUCUUUUCAGAACAUUAAAAUGGCACGAACAGCAAUUUGCAACCUAAUUUUAGGAAGUCCUCCGUCCAAAGUUUACGGCAAUAUCCGGGCAGUGGCCAGCAGAGCAGCUGAAAGAUUCUGA